UUCUAGUUUGCUCUAUCCUUUAGCCCAACUUGUACUUGCAAAAAUUUCUGGCCUUCCCUUAUUUCACUCUAAAGUAGCAAGCUUUCUCCCCUCUCAAGUCUCAAAUAAAAACUAGUAAUCUUGACGAAGAGGAAAAAAGAAAAAAACAAAUGAGCUUGAGAAAUCUAAAUGAAUGGACUGUUAUUGUCAAAGAAGCGUUCAAUGGAUCCUUCUUAGUAACCAAAGCUUUUUGCUUUGUCCAUGUCACCAAAACCUAUGUCUUCACUGUUGCUUCUCUCAAUGGACCAAGUAUGCUCCCCAUCUUUAGCAUUAGUGGUGAUUUGGCAUUGGUUGAGAAGAUUUCACACAGGCUUGGCAAAAUAGAUUUUGGAGAUAUUGUUCUUGUUACAUCACCCGCGGAGCCAAAAAAAAUUAUGACUAAAAGAGUUAUAGGUGUUGAGGGUGAUUCUGUUACUUAUGUUAUUGAUCCCAAAAACAGUGAUAGAACUGAGACUAUUGUGGUGCUUAAGGGCCAUAUUUGGGUAGAGGGAGAUAACAUAUAUAAAAGCAAGGAUUCAACAAACUUUGGGGCAGUUUCUUAUGGCCUUCUUCAAGGGAAAAUGUUUUGGAAGGUAUGGCCACCCAAAGAUUUCGGACCACUUGGGAAUAAAGAGCAAAACAGCUGAAUGAUU